UCAUUAACUUAUUAGUAAUACAUUUCGCACUUAAAAAUCUACCAGAUUUGAAUGCGAAAAAUCUCGGAAAAAAUGUUUUGACAGUUUAAAAAAAAAAUCAGUUGAAGCGGUUUUGAUGAAAUUGAAAGGAAAAGUUCGAAAGCGACACAAUUUUCCGAGACAAUGUCCGAGGGGUCCACGGUGGUCCGGGUCGUCUCGCUUUGCGUCCAUUUGAUCCGAGGGAAAAUAAUUUCUUUUCUGAAUUUUCGCACCGCGAUCUGAAUCACUAAAAUUUUCUAGGAAUCAAUAUGAAAACAUUGACGUCAUUAACAGUUCCUGGGUGUUCCGUUAUUUAACAACAGCAACCGUUUAUCACUUGGUUAUCCUGCUAUCCGAUCCUGUCGGAGAUGAAAUCGUAACAAGUACUAUCAACAAACAAACUUUCCGGCCGAACUCCAUGGUAAAAGAGAACUCAAAUUAUUUAGAGAUGAAUUUCAAGAAAGAACCUUUCCUCGACCACUACGACGUUUUCGAAGUAAUCGGAAAAGGUCAUUUUGCUGUAGUUAAGAGGUGUGUAAAUAAAGCCACCGGCAGCGAAUAUGCUGGAAAGUUUAUUAGAAAAAAACGGGUCUGUCGUGGUGUACCUCCUGAGGAUAUCGAGAGGGAAGUGGAGACGCUUUCAAGACUGGAACACCCCGGUAUCAUUCAGUUCCAUGACGUUUAUGACACUGGACAGUUUGUUGUGCUCCUCUUUGAACUAGUGACAGGAGGAGAAUUAUUUGAAUUUAUUUCACUAAGAAAAAAUUUAACAGAGGAGCAGAGUAUUCACAUAGUAAGGCAGAUUAUAGAAGCCGUCAGCCAUAUGCACUCUUUAAACAUAGCCCAUUUAGAUCUUAAGCCUGAGAACGUUUUACUUGUUGAAAAAGUCGACCUUCCCACUGUCAAGGUAAUUGAUUUUGGACUGUCCCUCCGACUCGACACGGUAGUGGAGGUCAAAGCGAUGUUCGGCACGCCAGAGUUCAUGGCGCCGGAAAUUGUCAAUUUUGAAAAUCUAACUUUGGCCACGGACAUGUGGGCCAUAGGCGUCAUAACUUACAUCUUGUUGAGCGGCGGCGCUUCACCUUUUCUCGGUGAUACUGUACAGGACACCUACACCAACAUAUCAAGUGCUACUUUUAAAUUUGACAACGAUUAUUUUGAAUCAGUAUCCGAGGCUGCAAAGGAUUUUAUUAUUAAAUUACUUCAGAAAGAUCCAAAGAAAAGAAACAGUGUGUUUGACUGCCAGAAACACCCAUGGUUGCAAAACAAAGUAACUGAAAUAUUCACACCCCCUAUUUCAUUAUUAAGUGCCAUUAACGAGGGCAAUCUGAACGAGUUUGAGGAUAUAUUGAACUCCGGAAACAUCGACGUCAAUCAAACAAAUAAAAAUGGGGCGACAGGUCUACAUCUUGCUGCCGCUACGGGCCAGACAGAAAUGGCCAGACUUCUACUCAUGUGCGGUGCGAAUGUUUCAAUCUCAGACUGGCAGGGUGACACCCCUUUGAUCCAUGCUUCACGCCAUGCCAGUACAGAUAUUCUAGGCAUGCUUAUUAAAGCAGGAGCCUGUAUUUCUGUACAAAACCAUGAAGGUGACACGGCUCUUCAUGUAGCAGCAGCCUGGGGGGAGUUGGAAGUCACAAAGAUUUUAAUAGAAAACGGCGCAUUGCUACAUAUACCAAACCACCUCGGCCAGUUGCCGAUUCACAUCGCAAUUCACAGGAGGCAUACAAACGUGGCUUUAUUCUUGUUAAACAGCGGUUCAGAAUUUGAUAUUCAUGAUUGUGAAGGAAAUGCUCCGAUUCACUUGGCAGUCCGUGAAGGCUUAUUAUCUGUUGUCAACGCUUUAUGCUCUAUGGGCUGCAACAUCGAUGCAGCUAACAACCAAGGCCUUUGCCCCAUUCACAUCGCAGCCAGGCUCGGCCAUAUUGAUGUCGUAAGAUGCCUGUGUUUAAUGGGUUGCAACACAGAAAUUAAGAACAGCGAUGGCAUCAAGGCAGAGAUUACAGCCCUUAAAUACGGUUUCAAUGAUAUUAGCGAUCUUCUCAAUAAAAUAAAAUCAAAUUAUGUCAGAGAUGUGUACAUUCGUCAGUUGAUACCGACAGGACAGCCGUUGCCCCGUUUCAACAUCCAAGUUUUCGGCCACUCCGCUGUAGGAAAAUCGACCCUGCUUGAUACUAUGAGAACCGGAUAUUUCAGCGGUUUCUUUAAAAGGACAAAAACCAAUCAUUUCAAUACCAAAUAUGCACCUCUUUUAGGGACUUUAUCUCAGCCCAAUUCUCCAACUCGAACCCACAUAGAGCUGGAUUCGACUUCUAGGCAGAAUUCUUUAAAUUUCGAUACUUACAAUCAUCAUUCAACUCAUGGAAUUGAUGUCCAACAAGCUUGGAUAUCUGGUGUGGGUUAUGUGACAUUGUGGGACUUCUCAGGGCAAGAUACAUACUUCUGUUUUUAUCAUCACAUGAUCACAACUUCAGCUAGCCAUGCCGUUAUAGUCUUAGUGUUUAGUUUAAACGAUUCCCCGACCAUCCAGUACAAACAGUGUUCUUUCUGGUUGUCUUUCCUGCAGGCCAGGAUCCCGCCGACAGAGCCCAUUGGGAGCUGCGGGAAGACCAAUAAUAUGCCAAAAAUUAUACUAGUCGCAACCCACGCCGAUGUCGUAAGAGCGCCAAAAUUAACGAAUGGAGAUUUCAACAGCCCUCAGGCACAAGAUUUGACGAAAAGACUAAGAGCAGAAUUUUCAUCGCAUUUUGAUAUUCACCCGACUCCGAUUGUUGUCGAUGCGCAUAUUCCAAAUUCUUACGGUGUCAAAUUAUUAAAGAGUACACUUUCAGAGCUGAAAACGUCAAUGUGGCAGGGAUUGCCUAAUAAACAAGGAAGUAGUUCUCAAGCGUCUUCAAUAUUUGGUCGAAAGGGCUACAACCUCCUUUUGGAAACUCCACUUCAAGAAACCGGGCAGGGGCUAAGAUCAAUGAAUGGGUUCACUGAAGCCAUAGUCUCUUGGCUUCCGAUGCUUAGGAAGUCUGCCGAAUCUAUACCUGUUAUGACCUGGGAGGCAUUUAUAGCCGAAGCGAGGAAUCAGGUCAAUCCAUUGGCGAGCAACGAUCACUUUAGCAUCCUUUUCUCGCACUUGGAACAAAUGGGAGAAGUUAUAAUCGUGGGAGAUUUGAUUAUCUUAAGCCCGAGCUGGUUGUGCGGCCAGGUAUUAGGCCAAAUCCUCUCGAUCGAUUUUAUAACGCACGCUCGAAUCACCGGCUGCUAUACCGUCGAAGAUUUUCAAGUUGCUUUUCCCGAAGCUGAUUCAAUGGCGAUGCUGGAAGUUUUGGAAGCAUUACAACUAUGUAUUCAGUGUGAUAAUGAUGGGGAGUUGGAAUACGAGUUUCCAUGUUAUAAUCUAGUAGAAAGGAUAGAAGGAUUGUGGGAAUGCUCGGAUUGUAGAUACAAAGAUGGGGCUUACGGCGGGGUGAGGCUUAAAACACCUGAGAACACUACACACCUAAUACACUGUAUUUUUCCUCGUCUUCAGGUUGAGCUGAGAAAAACAGUUUUGUGUUAUUACGACUGGCAAAGUGAUUUAUACCAAUGGAUGGGGGGUUCAAAACUUUGCUUCGGCGCAAUCGAGAGUAUUAUAACGUUUGAAACUGAACCAGAUUCAGGCGAUGAGUGUAUUGAGAUUAAAGUGAGAGGGCCGGCCGGAUCUGGGAAAAAUUGCUUUUUAUUUAUGGAAGAACUUUUAGGAAUUAUUGACAUGGUGCUACUGGAUAUUGUGCCUGGUCUUCUUAUGGAGAAGCAUACAUUAAGUGCAUACGAUUUACGAACUCACGCAUCUCCUGUGUAUUGCUACGCCCCUGACGUACUCAUGAAAGCAUCACUCGAAAGUAAAGGAUUUGAGACGAUGGUGACCAACCCUCUUGCAAACACGUCCGAGACGAUUCUCGAACUGAUAUCGUUCGGAAUGGAAGAGGAGGUGCAGAAACUCGUUUGCAACGCUUAUGAAAUAAACGUGGACAUGUUAAGCACUCUGUGCAUGCAACAGGUCUGUGCAAUGUUGGAUCCUCCAGACCCUCAUGGGAGGGACUGGUGCCUCCUCGCUGUCCAGUUGGGCCUUACGAACAAAUUAUCAGUGAUCGAAAAUACAUCUCACAGUAGGACGGCGUCAACACUCCAUCAGCUUGCGUGCCAAGUAGACAAUAGCAUAGGUUUUCUCAUAAAUAAACUAAAAGGGUUGGGAAGAGAAGACGUUGCCAAAUUUCUAAUGAAAUAUGCCCCUCUUUACAAGGUGAACGGCGAGGAGAUUCAGGUGCAAGCGCAGCAGUUGGCCGACAAUUCGAGGAAUCUUUAAUCUGUAUUUAAUGACCCUAAGGGCAAUCUUAACUUAGUCGGUCUUCAUCCUAUAGACUAUAUUUGUACAUUAUAUCAUUUGUUAUCCUUUUUAUAAGAUUUGCCAUAUCAAAAAAUAUUUAUUUUAUUAGUUG